AGCAAUUCUUCAGCCAAUCUGAAAAGAGAGAGAAAAAAAUGAAAUCGCUAUGGUAACUGGCAGGAGGUUUAGCACAGCUUCCUUUCAAAAAGAACCGUCAGAGCUUGUGACAGUGGGGAGAGGAGCGUUGAUUUUGAAAACCUCUAGCAGAUCAGGCUGAGUGCAAGCCCCUGAUAAAGAGUGAUGAGACUGAGGUGGUUUGGUUCUCUAGGGGCACAGCCCCACGGGGCUGGAGGGAAGAUAUGAAGGGGAGUUAACAAGGCUUGUGAUUUUCAAAUGAUCUUUCCUUUGCAGGUUUAGUCCUCAAAGGCAGCUUCAGUGCGAAUGGACUCUCAGAGAUCACAAUGAGGCUUGCUCGGACGUGGCAACUCAAGGCACUGAAUUUUACACCGAAAGCCCAGCCUUCAAGAUGUGGGUCCUGGGCCGGGAGCUCCAGGUUCUGGACAGUCUCCCCCCCAUCCACAGCCACUUCAAACUGGGAAUUUCCUGCUCUCCCGAGAGGGCAAGGUGGAGCCAGCCCCCACAGGGGGCAGGGGGACGCUCGGAGACCAGGAUUGUGGGGGAAGAGGUGGCAAGUGAGGAGAGGUCCCAGGAAGACUGGGGAGCUGCAACAGAACCCCAGAAGCAAGAGGCUGGACCUGCGGAAUUUUGUCUCCCUGCAGAAUGUGAUGAAGAUUAUACCCUCCAUGAUGAAGCAACAAGGGCAGCUCUGGGCAUCUUUUUUAUCUCAGCCAAACAUUCGACACAUGGCUUAUCAAGACCAGCUACUCCCAGAGAAGAUCAGUUAGUGAGGUACUAUGAUCUUAUUGAACGAUGUAUUGAUCCCAGUGUAGUGACUCCAUUGAGCAACGAUUGGCUGCAGAGAGCCUAUGCCUAUGUCCCUGUUGACCACGACACUCAGCUAAGGGACACAUGUCAGCGGCUAACACAGGAGAUUCGGGAUGCAUAUUCAGGAGCUAUGAGGAAGGCUAUACUUGACUAUGUGCUGUUAGAUCCAUUUGAACAGGAAAGACUUGGCAUUGACCUCCUUCCCAAGCGGUCUAACACAGCGGGAAGAGGGAGGCUCCCCUGGCAUGAAAGCGUAAAGUCUGCACGUGAGAAAUUAACUGAUAAUUUAUACAUCACUCAUCCAGUCAUGUCCUCAAUAUUGCUCAAUUUUCAGACCAGAUACAAAAACUUCCGACUGAUAGAAGCUGAGCUGCUCUCACAGGUCUUCCCCUUUACUCUGGAUCAGUUAAUUAACCACGUCUCCAUGGUUACAGAGAACAGGAGUAUGGUUUUGCAGGAUCACUGGUUGAAGGACUGUUCUGAGAUCAUUGCUGAGGACAGAGAGAUUGUAGAAGCCUGGAUGCCCCAUGAUAAUGAGGAGCUGAGGAUGGUAAAAAUGGACCACUUCUUUGGCAGUGUUGCCACACUCACAUCAAAUCUCCUCCGAAGCAUUGUGGAAGGAUCACUUCAAGAAUUAGUCCAGAUAUUCGAAGUCUAUCAACAAGGAAACAGUUAUGAAGGAGAUUACCCUACGGAUUCCCUGGGGCUUCCUGUCAAACCUCAUCCCAUCAUCAUCUUCGUGAAGCCUCAGUUGGAGGGAUCCCAGGUCAUAUUCACACCAACUGUUGAUGAUGUGAUCGAAGGAUUAAAUCGCAUCGUGGACCUUUUAGUCACCAGUGUCCAGCAGAUACCGAGAAUUGAACACCAGCUCUUUCAGGCUGUAGCUAACCUGGAGAUCAAAUAUAUCAGCUCAGUUCGAAAUGAAGAGGAGAUGGUCCUGAGUGCAAAAGCCACACUUCAGACUGUUGUUACAAACAACAGUCAUGGUCCACUCAGAUACUGCUCAAUAUAUGAACCAUACAAAUGCUUAUUGUCCCUGGAAACAGAAAAUAAGAUUGAAGCUACAAUCAAGAAAGAGUUCAACCUGAGAAUAUAUACCAAUGAGAUUGAGAAGCUUCGAACAAUGGCUUUGGAACUCGCCUCUCUCCCAGUCCGUGUCCCAUUGAAUUUGCUGCUUCUCGAUGUCUCCGAGUUAAAUCAGUGCCUGAUUGAUCGCACACGACAACUAGCUCAUAUCGUGAUUAACAAAGUCGUCAGCGUGUCUGAGAAGUUUAAUCGCCGGAUCUGCCAGCAGUACGACAGCAUCAUGAGGAAAAUAACAAACAAAACAGACUCCACUCAUAAACUGGUCCAGGUGCAGAACUAUUUGGAUACACUGAGGAGCCAUGAAAUGCUUCAGCUCAAGGACAAGCUGGACAUAGCAGCUGAGAAUCUCCUAUUCCUUAUGGACUACGCCUCGCUCUCCAAGAAAGACAUUACUCUGAACGGAAACACCUUCUCAUGGCCAGAUAGGAUCAGCCCACUCAUCAGAAACAGUGAAAUGCGUUUGCAGAGAGAACAUGAUAUGGCAGUUUCCAAACUGGUUGACUGGCAGAAUGAUUUUACAAAGCGCAUCGCAGAAACUGCAGCCUGGGUGAAGACAUUUCAAAGGAAGGAUCACAUGUCUGAGGCACAGCACUAUGUGACGGAUCUGGAAGGCAUCAAUAGGCAACUAGAGCAAUUUACAGAGGAGAAAGCCCAGAUCAACAAUGAAGAGGUUCUGCUGGAGACAGGACACAUUAGCCCUUACCAUCAAAUCCAGCAUAUUAUCAAUGCUAAGGAGCCCUUUGAGAGGUUGUGGAAAACCGCUGUGCAGUUUAACCUGCUCUCUGACAAGUGGAUGUAUGGCCCCUUGUUACAAGUCAAUGCUGAGGAUGUGGAACAUGAGGUGCAGACUUUAUGGAGGGUUAGCUACAAGUUAACCAAGGUCUUCAGUCACCCAGAUUUACACGGACCUUUGAAAGUUGCCACAACCAUCAAAACGAAGCUGGAAAAGUUCAAAAUCAAUAUGCCGCUCAUCAAUGCCCUCUGCACCCCGGGGAUUAAACCACGCCACUGGAGUUUGAUGAGCCAAAAGGUUGGAUUCAGUAUCAUGCCACAUGAAAGCACAACCUUGAUGGACGUCAUGCAGCUGGGUCUUGAGAAGUACCUGGAAGAUUUAAACCAUAUCAGCUCACAAGCCAGUAAAGAAUAUGCACUGGAGAAAGCUCUCAGCAAGAUGGAGGAAGACUGGGACGAAGUUAAUUUUACAUACAUCAGUUACAAAUAUACCGGCAUCAAAAUCUUAGCAGCAGUGGACGAUAUUCAGGUUUUACUUGAAGACCACAUUGUAAAAACUACCACCAUGAAAGGUUCUCCAUUUAUUGCCUCCUUCGAAAAGGAAAUAUCAGCAUGGGAGUCUAAGCUGUGGCUGAUGCAUAAUAUCCUGGAAUCUUGGCUCCGUGUCCAAAUGGCUUGGCUGUACCUGGAGCCGAUAUUCAGCUCAGAGGAUAUCCACAGUCAAAUCCCAGAGCAAGGAAAGAUGUUUGACGUGGUGGAUACAAACUGGAGGCUGAUAAUGAGAGAAUCGGUCAAGGGAGCCAAUGCAAUGCAAGUUAUCUCCCAGCCACAGAUGUUGGAUAAGCUGAGAGAAGCAGAGUCACUGUUGGAUGACAUUCAGAAGGGGCUCAACGAGUAUUUAGAAAAGAAAAGACUUUUCUUCCCCCGGUUUUUCUUCCUCUCUAAUGACGAACUGUUGGAGAUUCUCUCAGAGACAAAAGAUCCUCUUCGAGUCCAGCCUCACCUCAAGAAAUGUUUCGAAGGGAUUGCUCAGCUCACCUUCAACGCCAACAAAGAAAUUACCCACAUCGAGUCAGCCGAAGGGGAGAAAGUUGAACUUGUCACUCGCAUCAUCCCGGCCAAAGCCAAGGACCUUGUGGAAAAGUGGCUUUAUGAGGUGGAAAAGGGAAUGAAGAGCUCCUUGGGUGAAGUAAUGCUACAGGCUAUCAUUGCUUACUCUAGCACUUCAAGAAAGGAGUGGGUGCUGAACUGGCCUGGCCAAGUAGUGUUGGCAUCUAGCAUUGUAUACUGGACUGCAGCUGUCUCAGCGGCCAUCACUCAACAGAAUGGACUAAGUGAAUUUCUGGAGGAAAGUAAUAAACAGAUUGACGAUAUUGUCACCCUGGUGCGGGGCAAACUAACUAAGAUGGCGAGAAUAACCCUGGCUGCACUCAUCACCAUCGAUGUUCAUGCUCGAGAUGUUGUUGCGAAACUGAACAAUCUAGGAAUUACCACCACAACAGACUUUAAUUGGAUUGCACAGUUGCGAUAUUAUUUGGAGAAGGAAAACAUCAUUGUCAGAAUGAUUACCACCACAGUACCUUAUGGUUAUGAAUAUUUGGGCAACACAGGAAGGCUUGUUAUCACACCCCUGACUGACAGGUGUUACAGAACACUAAUGGGGGCUUUACAACUGAACCUAGGAGGGGCUCCAGAAGGACCUGCAGGAACUGGCAAAACCGAAACCUGCAAAGAUUUGGCCAAGGCUGUGGCUAAACAGUGUGUUGUGUUUAACUGUUCCGAUGGACUCAACUACAGAGCAAUGGGGAAGUUUUUCAAAGGCCUGGUACAGUCUGGAGCUUGGGCUUGUUUUGAUGAAUUUAAUCGUAUAGAAUUAGAGGUUCUGUCUGUUGUUGCCCAGCAGAUCCAAACCAUUCAGCGAGCGGUUUCAGAACAAGUCAAGACCUUUGUCUUUGAAGGAACAGAAAUCUCGCUGGACCCAUCCUGCACUGUGUUUAUAACCAUGAACCCAGGCUACGCUGGCAGGGCUGAGUUACCUGACAAUCUGAAGGUUCUGUUUCGUCCUGUGGCUAUGAUGGUCCCAGAUUAUGCACUCAUUGCUGAACUCUCUCUCUACUCCAUGGGGUUUGUCAGUGCUCGGAUCCUCGCUGCGAAAGUUGUAGCAAUGUACCGACUCUGCUCGGAGCAACUUUCCUCUCAACAUCACUAUGAUUAUGGGAUGCGAGCUGUAAAAUCCGUCUUAACUGCAGCAGGAAACUUGAAAGUCAAGUACCCCGAGGAAAAAGAAGAGGUUCUCACACUUCGUUCCAUCACUGAUGUCAACCUGCCAAAGUUCCUCUCCCACGACAUCCCACUUUUUGACAGCAUAAUUUCUGAUCUCUUCCCGGGGGUCGUUUUGCCAACUCGUCACCAUGGCAACCUGGAGAUUACUAUCCAAGAGACCAUUAAAGGAUUUAAUCUUCAGCCUUCACCCUGGUUCAUUGAAAAAAUCAUUCAGAUUUAUGAAAUGAUGUUGGUGCGUCAUGGCUUCAUGCUGGUUGGGAGCCCCCUGGGGGGUAAGACUUGUGCCCUGAAGGUACUGGCUGGUGUGCUGGAGCUGCUGGAAGAGAGGGGCCUGAUGGAUGAACAUAGAGUGCAGUAUGUCAUCAUCAAUCCAAAAGCCAUCAGCAUGAGCCAAUUGUACGGCAGCUUUGAUCCAGUGUCUCACGAGUGGAGUGAUGGAAUCCUGGCUAAUGUGUUUCGGGAACAUGCCACCAGUCUGACCAGUGACCGGAAGUGGUGCAUCUUUGAUGGCCCCGUGGACGCAGUCUGGGUGGAAAACAUGAACACAGUACUUGAUGAUAACAAAAAGGUAAUAUGCGGGAUGAUUUAUAUGGAGCCAAUGAAUCUUGGGUGGGAACUGUUGGUCCAGUCCUGGUUAGCUACAAAGCUACCUCAGCAACUGACAACAGAGCAGAGGCAGGUUGUACAGAUGCUGUGUAAUUGGCUGUUACCACCAUGUUUGGACUUUGUCCAGAAGAAGUGUAAUCUCAUGGUACAGUCAUCUCCCAUGCACCUGACUGUCUCCAUGCUGAAAAUCUAUGAGAGCUUGUUGGCAGACAUCAGCUUCACUGAAGAUCCUGUUGGUGAGGCUGAGGAGAUUUUUCCAGCCCUGCAAGUAGUGGAUGAAAAGAGCUUCUCAUCCACCAGACAGAAGGAGGUGGAGGAGGUCACUAACCAUCUGAUAGCUUACGCCUUCUUUUCAGUCAUCUGGUCGGUUGGUGGCAUGCUUGACCCUGCAUCAAAGCCAAGAUUCAGCGACUUUUUCAGCAAUUUCUGUGAAUGGGACUCAACAUAUCCAAGACCGAAAGAUUUAAAAUUUCCGCGAGCUUUGCAAAUCCCAAAGAAAGGGAGUGUUUUCGACUAUGUCUACCUCAAAAGAACCUUUUCAUCAUGGUGCACAUGGAGAGACCUGAUCACUACUGUUGACAUUCAGCAGAGUAUAAAUGCUGACGGUCAAGAUAUUCGGCUAAAUGACAUUAUUGUUGACACCACGGAGACAGCGAUGCAGACGUAUUUUCUUGAGAGAUUGUUGCUGCACAAUAAGCCAUUGCUAUUUGUAGGACCCACAGGCACUGGCAAGACAGCUAUCAUCAACAGAUUCCUGCGAAAUCUCAUGGCCCAAAAAUAUACUGUGUGCCAAAUCACUUUCUCAGCACAGACUACAGCCAAUCAAACCCAGGAGAUCAUCCUCACACAGCAAGAAAAGAGGAGAAAAAUUAUCUCUGGGACCCAGCAAGUUAGAAGAGUUUAUGUUUUUGUUGAUGACCUCAACAUGCCAGCAAAGGAGAAAUAUGGAGCCCAGCCUCCAGUGGAACUGCUUCGUCAAUGGAUAGACCACGGCUAUUGGUUUGACAGGACAGACACGAGCAUUCUGCCAGUCCAUGACAUGUCCAUAGUGGCAGCAAUGGCCCCCCCUGGUGGUGGGCGACAAACUGUCACUCCACGCUGCCUCCGACACUUCAAUAUUAUCACCAUCGACACUUUCAGUGAAGAAACCAUGAAGACUAUCUUCCAGCCUGUGGUGGACUGGCACUUCAGUAAGGGAUUCGAUGUCUCCUUGAAGAGAUACUCCAGGAUUCUGGUCUGGGCUACAACAGAGGUGUACAUCCAAGCACUGGAAAAAUUCCUCCCGACUCCUUCUAAAUCACAUUACAUCUUUAGUCUCCGAGAUUUCUCCCGGGUGAUUCAGGGUUUGCUCCUGUUAAAAUCAGAUUGUGUUCCACAAGGAAUCGAAGGGGAUCAUAAAUUAAUGAGACUCUGGAUCCACGAGGUCUAUCGUGUCUUCUGCGACCGAUUGGUGAACACUGAAGAUAGAAAGCUAUUCUUCCACAUUGUGAAGAACGUGGUGCAGAAACAGUUCAAAGAAAAAAUCAACAAUGUUUUCAACCACAUGAUCAUUGGCAGAGAUCUCAAUGAUGAUGACAUCCGCACUCUAUUCUUUGGUGACUAUAUGUCACUGAAAUCAAACCAGAAGAGAAAGAAGGCAUAUAAUGAAAUAACAGAUAUGAACGAGCUAAAGAACACUAUUGAACGCUAUCUGGAUGAAUUUAAUCGGAACAGCAAGGCUCCCAUGGACCUGGUGAUGUUUAACUUCGUUAUUGAACACAUCUCACGUCUCAGCAGGAUUCUCAAACAACCGAGUGGGCAUGCUUUGUUGAUUGGGAUCGGGGGGAGUGGGAGACAGUCAGCAACAAGGCUCACUGCAUUCAUGGCUGAAACCGAGGUCUUCCAAGUCAGUAUUCAGAAAACAUACACACUGUCCGAGUGGAAGGAAGAUCUGAAGAAGGUGUUACGUGGAGCUGGGCAGAAUGGCACUCCGACCGUCUUCCUAUUUGCCGACCAUCAGAUCAAGGAUGAAGCCUUUCUUGAAGACAUUAGCAUGAUUCUCAACACCGGGGACAUUCCCAACCUGUAUGAUAAUGAGGAGAAGCGAAUCAUCAUUGAAAAGAUGACCCAGCUUGCACCAGCUGGCAAAGUGAAGCUAGAGCUUUCACCCACCAAUCCAUACAGCAAAUUCACCGAGAGGAUUCAGCAAAACCUGCACCUGAUGCUGGUAUUCAGCCCAAUCGGUGAGGCAUUCCGGAACCAUCUGCGGCACUUCCCAGCUCUGAUUAACUGCUGCACCAUUGACUGGUUCCAGGCUUGGCCUGAGGAUGCCUUAGAGAAAGUGGCGAACCAUUUUCUGGAUGAUGUUGAAAUGUCACAAGCUAUCCGGAAUGAAGCUGUGUUCAUAUGUAAACAUUUCCACCAGAGUAUUGCGAUAAUGCAGCAGGAACUGACAGGGUUAAAGCCUCUGUUAAUGGAACGAAACCAGGAGACAGAGGAGCUUCUAAAGGUCAUUGCUAAUGAGACACUGGAGGUGGAGGUUGUGAAGAGGGUGGUGGAAACUGAUGAAGAAACAGCAAAUAAAGCAGCACAGGAGGCCCGGGCGAUUAAGGUUGAGUGUGAGCAGAAGCUGAGUGUGGCUAUGCCAGCUCUCAACGAUGCUAUCACAGCUCUCGACACACUGAAGGCCAGUGAUAUCACUCUACUGAAGACCAUGCAGAACCCUCCAGCAGGGGUGCGGCUCACACUCACUGCCAUUUGUAUCUUGAAGGGAAUUAAACCUGAGAAAAAAGUGGAUGCAAAUGGGAAAAGUAUGGAUGAUUACUGGCCCUCUGCAAAGAAGAUGCUGAGUGAUAUGAAAUUCCUGGAAUCACUGAAGGAUUUCGAUAAAGACAAUAUCCCUGUGAAAGUGAUAGCCCACAUUCGAAGAGACUUUAUCAGCAAUCCUGAAUUUCAACCAUGUGUCAUCAGGAAUGUUUCCUCAGCCUGUGAGGGCCUCUGCAGCUGGGUCCGAGCCAUUGAAGUCUAUGAUAAAGUCGCAAAGCUCCAGUCUGAUUUCAGGCUGAAACUGGAACGAGCUGAGAAGCUAAUCAAUGGCCUUGGAGGAGAGAGAGAACGAUGGACAAGUAUUUCAGAGCACCUGGAGGCAACAUACCAGAACAUUAUCGGCGAUGUUUUAUUAAGUGCCAGCGUGGUGGCAUACCUUGGUCCCUUCACACCUGAAUUCCGACAGAAUGUUUUGGGAGAAUGGUUGGAUAUGUGCAAGCAGAAACAGAUCCCAGUCUCCAGUGUCUUCUCCUUAUUGAAUACAUUGGGGGACCCUGUGAACAUCAUGGAGUGGCAACUACAUGGACUUCCACGGGACACAUUCUCGGUGGAUAAUGCCAUCAUCGUGACUUCAGCUCAGCGCUGGCCACUCAUGAUUGACCCCCAGGGUCAGGCCAAUAAGUGGAUCAAAAACAUGGAAAAAUCCAACAAGCUUCAUGUCAGCAAACUGACUGAGUCUGACUGUAUUCGCACUCUGGGGAACUGCAUUCAGUUUGGAAAUCCAGUUUUAAUUGAAAAUCUUUCGGAAGAACUCGAUCCCAUUCUGGAGCCAUUACUGCUGAAACAAACUUUUAAACAAAGAGGGAUGGACUGCAUUCGCCUUGGAGAAACAGUUGUACAAUACUCAAAAGAUUUCAAGCUGUACAUGACCACCCGGCUUCGAAACCCCCAUUACCUCCCAGAGGUUUCUGUCAAGGUCACUCUCCUGAACUUCAUGAUCACAUCUGUCGGCUUGGAGGACCAGCUGCUGAAUAUCGUCACAGCGAAGGAGAAACCGGAACUGGAGGAAAAGAAGAAAGUUCUUUAUCUGGAAAGGGCACAAAACAGGAAGCUUCUAAAAGAAACCGAGGAUCAGAUCUUGGAAGUGCUGUCCAUGUCGCAGGGGAACAUCCUGGAGGACGAGCGAGCCAUCAAUAUUUUGUCGUCUAGCAAACAGCUCUCGCAGGAAAUCUUGGAGAAACAGCAAGUCACGACACAGACCGAGAAGCAGAUCGAUGAAACCAGGGAUGGGUACAGGCCUGUAGCAACCCACUCCAGUGUGCUGUUUUUUGUCAUUUCUAAUUUGAUUUACAUUGAUCCCAUGUACCAAUAUUCCCUUGUCUGGUUUCUCAAUCUCUAUAUGAACUCGAUUGACAAAAGCAUUCCCUCUAAAGUGCUCCAUGAACGGAUACGCAAUCUGAAUGAGCACUUCACUUAUAGUAUCUACCAGAAUGUCUGCCGUUCUCUGUUUGAGCGAGACAAGAUGCUGUUUUCAUUCCUGCUGUGUAUUGGCAUUCAGAGGAGUCUGAAUCUGGUGAAUGAUGAUGAGUGGUGCUUUCUCCUGACGGGAGGGGUGGCGCUAGAGAUCCCAUUUCCUAAUCCUGCCCCCAGCUGGCUGAAGAACAAAUCCUGGGGGGAAAUUGUUCGCCUCUCUACACUUCCUGCCUUCGCUGAUUUAAAGAACCACUUCUGUUCAAAGCUCCCUGAAUGGAAGAAAAUCUAUGAUUCCUCACAGCCUGAGAAAAUGCCUUUACCCACUCCCUGGAACGUCAGUCUGAGCACUUUCCAGUCACUACUGUUGCUACGCUGUAUCAGGCUGGACAAGAUGAUUCCCGCCAUUCAGCAAUUCAUCACAGUGAAAAUGGGUGCAGCUUACAUUGAGCCUCCAACCUUUGAUCUCCAACACAGUUAUAAGGGCUCCAGGCAUUUCACUCCACUCAUCUUUGUCCUUUCAGCUGGAGCUGAUCCCAUGGCCUUACUGAUGAGAUUCGCUGAGGAACAAGGAAUGGGGGCAGCCAAUCUCCAAACGAUCUCACUUGGCCAGGGCCAAGGUCCAAUUGCUGGAAAAAUGAUUGAAAAAGCGGCUGAGGAAGGUACGUGGCUUGUUCUACAGAAUUGUCACCUGGCGAGUAGUUGGCUGCCAGAGCUGGAACGUAUCUGUGAAGAGGUCAUCACUGACAGUGACAUAACCAAACCAGAAUUUCGCCUAUGGCUCACUAGCUAUCCUUCUCAAAAUUUCCCAGUCUCUUUAUUACAAAAUGGAAUCAAAAUGACAAAUGAACCACCGAAGGGACUUCGAGCCAAUCUGCUGAGGUCCUACCUGAAUGAUCCAAUCUCAGAUCCACAUUUCUUCAAUGGCUGCAAUAAACCAGAGGUAUGGGAGAAGCUUCUCUUCGCUUUGUGUUUCUUCCACGCUCUCAUUCAAGAACGCAGGAUGUUUGGUUCACUCGGCUGGAAUGUCCCUUAUGAAUUCAAUGAAUCUGAUCUCAGGAUCAGUGCAAAGCAGGUUCAGAUAUUCCUGAAUGAAUACAAUCAGGUUCCUUUCGAAGCUCUGAUCUACCUGACUGGAGAGUGUAACUAUGGUGGCCGUGUGACAGAUGAUUAUGAUCGACGGCUCCUCAUCAGCCUGCUGGAGAAUUUCUACUGUCAAAGUGUCAUCAGUGAUGACUGCUACAAAUUCUCUGCCAGUGGUAUCUACUUUGUCCCCAGGAGAAACAGCUAUGAGAGUUAUUUGGAAUACAUAAAGCAAUUACCCCUCAAUGCAGAUCCAGAGGCCUUUGGGUUGCACGAAAAUGCAAAUAUCACGAAAGAACAGAAGGAGACGCAGAGGCUUUUCGAUGGGAUCCUGAGCACACUGCCUCGUGAGGUCAGUGGAGGAGACAGAUCAUCAUCUGAGAUCGUGCAGGAACUGGCCACAGAUAUUCUAUCCAAAAUCCCACCUGACUUUGUAAUGGAGGAUGUGAUGAAUAAAUACCCAACAAAGUACAGUGAAUCAAUGAACACUGUGCUGGUACAGGAACUCCUUCAUUUUAACCGUCUGAUAUCCAUAAUCAGAACCAGUCUGACAGACAUCAAUAAAGCAAUUCAAGGUUUGAUUCUCAUGUCCAGCCAGCUUGAAGAUAUCUUCAACAGCAUGAUUGUAGGCAAAGUACCCUCCAUGUGGUCAGCAAAGUCCUACCCAUCACUGAAACCUCUGGGUAGCUACAUCACUGACCUCCUCUUUAGAAUUCAGUUCUUUCAGACCUGGAUUCACAAAGGAACCCCAAUUGUUUUCUGGAUCUCCGGAUUUUACUUCACUCAGAGCUUCCUGACAGGUGCUAUCCAGAACUAUGCACGGAAAUAUCGAAUCCCAAUAGAUCAUCUGGGCUUCCAGUUUGAUGUGACUGACCAGGAUCAUGACAUGCCAGUUCCACCAACUGAUGGAGUUUAUAUUAAUGGUCUUUACAUGGAGGGAGCAAAAUGGGAUCGAAAGAAACACAGGAUUGGAGAAUCACUUCCCAAAGUUCUCUAUGACAACCUACCAAUUAUAUGGCUCAAACCAGGUGAAAAGCUAUCAUUUAAAGAGGAAUCUGUUUAUGGAUGUCCAGUUUACAAGACGAGUGUUCGAAGAGGGAUACUCUCCACCACCGGUCAUUCCACAAACUAUGUCCUGACAAUUGAGUUCCCAUCAGACCAGCCACAAAAUCACUGGGUCAUCAGGGGAGUGGCCUGUCUGUGUCAGCUCGAUUAUUGACAACUAUCUACACUCCUGAAGAAAAAGCACAUGGGCUCUGCAUCGAUACAGCGUGGAGUUAAAGAAUUGCUCCUACCUGCUCUGGGGGCAGGACUCUGUAUAUUAAUCGCCAAUUACUGGGUUUAGAAUGAUAUUUGUAUAGAGCAGGAUGAACUUUUUAAUCGAGUGGUUGGUGUAUAUUUCCAAAUGUAUAAUAAUCGCUUCUAUUCCUGUGUGAAGGAAUAAAUGAAAUCUCCGAUAUUUAUGAUGUACUCUUUCAGCACUGUCCUAUGAGUCAUAAAGUCCUACAGCAUGGAGACAGGCCCUUUUGGCCAAACUGGUCAUCCACACUAAAAUGUGCAUCCACACUAACCUCAUUUCCCUGCACUUUGAAUC